AUGAAGCAAACAUCUAAGAAUCGAAAUAAGCUUUUGCAAGACAGGGCCUCUCUGGACCGAAUACGUGACAAUCAAAGGCGCUCCCGGCUGGAAAGAAGACAACAUGUUCAGAGACUACAGCAGAAAGUUGCACAGUACGAGGCUGAAGGUGUCAAAGCAAGUAUUGAGAUGCAACGCGCGGGACGUAUGGCACUAGAAGAAAACAGGAUGUUGCGAUGUAUCCUGAAUGAGCAGGGAAUAAGUGACGGCGAUAUCACAGCAAGACUCAACCUGUUACGGAAAUCUCCGGAUUCGAAUUCCUCUUCCGGAAACGUAGCCCAGGUGCUGGAGAAACUACUGGGGCCUUUAACAGGCACCUUCGAUGCUUCCCCAGAUGAGUUCAACCAGAUAUCUCCGGGCUUCGAGAGCCAGCCACAUGGCCAUGGUAUCUCAUACAACGAUAUGGCCAUGGAGGCUAACAUGGGUGGGUAUCUGCCUACUCCAGCCUGCGACGAUGCGCGAUAUUUCACCCCAUCUGGAGGUUACGAGGUAAUGGGCCACGAAGAAAGCGAACGUACAUACCAGCACCCAGCCCCAGGAUUUACCGGAGUCGGACAGGGGUUCUUCCCGAAUUAUGAUUCUUCUCGACAUCGGCCAAGUACAAUGGUCAGGGGACGCUGGCCUCAACCGACAAAUCUAUGGGAGGCGGGACCUCAGAUAUCGCCCGCUUCAAGCACAGCGAUGGGAUCACCUCCAAUGGUGCAAGACCAGAUAUCCUUGGGCCCUCCGAUGCAUCUAUCCUCACAACAGGAAGCGAACCUUCCAGUUGCAUGGCCUGCGCAUAUGUACAGCGCGGUGAAUGCCAGUUGCGGCUCGAUCACCACCCAAGGAAAUAGUCCUCUUAUUCCGAGCAACAGUUCCGUGUCGGGAUAUUUCGAUAGGCUGAAGAUAGAGGACGGGUGUCAUGUGGAGGAUUACCCCUAUAGUGAAAGCAAGAAGAAGUUUCACUCCAGAUGA